CCGAAGUGCACAGCCUGAGUGCACUGCAGAGUCCCCAGCUGACAAGACCACCCUUUUCUGAACUUCUCCUGGCUGCAACCUGCAAUCGAAGGAUUCUGGGAGACUCUCACGCCACACAAUGGAGGCAGUGACCAUGGAGGAUGUAGCUGUGAACUUCACCAAGGAGGAGUGGGCUCUGCUGAAUCCAUCCCAAAAGAAGCUCUACAGAGAUGUGAUGUGGGAAACAUUUAGGAAUAUAAAUGCUAUAGGAAGAACUUGGGACAACCAGCAAAUGGAAGAACAUAAAAGCUGUUCAAGAAAUCUAAGAGAUGAAGAGCUACCCAAAUGCUGUCAAUAUGCACCUUGCAGUCAACAUGAAAACAUAUUUCUUCAGACUCCAGAUGCUAAUGUGGGCAUGAAAGAAGCUGCUUUAAAGCAAGCCAGCAGUCUUAUUUAUAGAAAGCCCCUGAAUGGGCACUUAUCGUUAAAUGUGCCAAUUUUACAUCACAGUAGAGAGAGGCCACAUGAAUAUUUGAGUUUUGAUGACCAGCUAAGUAACUACAAUGAACAUGGAAAAUCUUGCAGUGAUUUCCAGUCCUUUCAGAAGCAUGCAAGUGGAAAGCCUGGAGAGAAACUCUAUUCAUAUCAGCAGUGUGUGAGUUCCUCCUCUGAACUUGGUGAAAAAAUGCACCCUGGACAGAACACCAUUGUUGAUCAGAAAAGUGUGAAAGCUUCGAGCACCUCUAGUGCUUUUCAAAUGCAAGAGAGAAUUCCCAGUGGGAAGAAACCAUAUAUAAGCAAAGGAUAUGGAAAAGCUUUCAAUACUCAAAGUUGUAAAAUUCAUGAGAGGAUUAACAUGGACAAGAAACCUUAUGUAUGUUCUAAAACAUUCCAUACACACAGUUGCUGCCAAAGACAUGAAAGAAUUCACAAUGGGGUAAAAUCCUUUAUAAGUAAGCAAUUUUGGAAAACAUUUAAUAGGUAUUCUCAAUGUCAAAAUUAUAAAGGUGCUCAUGAUGGGGAGAAACCUUAUGUAUGUAAACAGUGUGGGAAAGCUUUCACUACUCGCAGGUAUUGUCAAAUACAUGAAAGAAAUCACACAGGGGAGAGCCCUUAUGUAUGCAACCACUGUGGGAAGGCAUUCCCGACACACCAAUCUUGCCAAAGACAUAAAAUAACUCACACUGGGGAGAAACCUUAUGUGUGCAAGCAGUGUGGAAAAGCAUUCACUACAAAGUCGGAUUCAAACAUACAUGAAAGAAUUCACACUGGAGAGAAACCUUAUAUGUGCAAGCAAUGUGGAAAGUCAUUCACUACACACCGAUCUUACCUAGUACAUGAAAGGGCACACACUGGAAAGAAACCUUAUGUGUGCAAACAAUGUGGAAAAGCAUUCACUAUAAGGACUUAUUAUAAAAGACAUGAAAGGACACACACUGGGGAAAAACCUUAUGUAUGCAAACAAUGUGGGAAGGCUUUCACUACUCAAAAUAAUUGUCAAAGACAUGAAAGAACUCAUACUGGGGAGAAACCUUAUGUUUGCAAGCAAUGUGGGAAGGCAUUCACUGCACACCAAUCUUGUCAAAGACAUGAAAGAACUCACACUGGGGAGAAACCUUAUAUGUGUAAGCAGUGUGGAAAAGCAUUUACUAUAAGGAGUAAUUAUAAAAGACAUGAAAGAACCCAUACUGGGGAGAAACCUUAUGUGUGCAAGCAAUGUGGGAAGGCAUUUACUACGCAUGAAGAUUGUCAAAUACAUGAAAGAACUCACACAGGGGAGAAACCUUAUGUGUGUAAGCAAUGUGGGAAGGCAUUCAUCAAACACCAAUCUCGGCAAAUACAUGAAAGAACUCACACUGGAGAGAAACCUUAUGUGUGCAAGCAAUGUGGGAAGGCAUUUACUACACACAGAGAUUGUCAAAUACAUGAAAGAAUUCACACUGGAGAAAAACCCUAUGUGUGCAAGCAAUGUGGCAAAGCAUUCACUCAAAGGAAUAAUUAUAAAAGGCAUGAAAGAACUCACACUGGAGAAAAACCGUAUGUGUGCCAACAAUGUGGAAAGGCAUUUACUUCACACCAUUCUUGUCAAGUACAUGAAAGAACUCACUCUGGGGAGAAACCUUAUGUGUGCAAGCAAUGUGGGAAGGCUUUCACUGAACACCACUCUUGUCAAAUACAUGAAAGAACUCAUGCAGACAAGAAACCGUAUGAAUAUGAGCCCUAUGGAAAAAGACUUUCUAGUAAGUCUUCAUUUUAUAUUCAUAGAUCUCACAAUGUAGAGGAACCCUGUGUAUAUAAACAAUGUGGGGGAAGCAUUCAUUGAACACGUUAUUUUUCAACUACAUGAAAGAUAUCACACUGGAGAGUAAAACAAUAUAUGUAAGCCUAUUUUGAAAAACUUGUGAAAAUUCCUCAUAUCAUGGAGACCUGUACAAAUGUAAAUGAAAAAGUUGAUGUCAAUAUUUCUUUAUGGAUUUUCCAGGAAAUAUUUUGCCAGAGAUCUCUAAGAAUGUACUAUUCCUAUGUUGUUCAGUAAGUAUCUUGUAAAUAACCAAACUAUUUAUCUGUACUCUACUAGAAACAACACUCAUAUAAUAUAUUUUAUGUAAGCUAUUGUAUUUGAACCUAAUAUAUAGUAUCUUCUAAUAAUAAUGGGUGAACUGUAAUGCGUUUCUGAUUUUCAAGUAUGGUUAGUAUUUAUAUAGUUUUUUUUUUUUUUUUUAGCUAUGGGCAAGUACAGUCAGCUAAAUAAUUCUAUUUCUAGUUUUUAAUUGGCAUUUUCUGCUGGAUUUAAUUGUAAUUUUUUAUUCUAUACACCUCAAAUUCCACAUACAGAAAUAUAACUUUGAAUUGUAUACAUACAGUUGUAAGUGUAUGCAUAUUUAGAAACAUAUGGACAUGUAUUUUUUUAAGGAGUCAGUGUGGAAAUUCUGCUAAGUACAAAGUAUACCUAUCCUAAUAUCACAUUUUGGAACAGGAGAAAUAAUUCCAUGAUGAGUUUAAGACCAUAUGGGAACAAUAGUGACUUGGACCUUUAUUAAAAUUCCAUUGAUUACCUCAACUCCAUAGGCCCCUACUCUUACUGGAGGACCACAAUGAUAGUUUGAAUCUUGUAGAAUUAGCUUUAGUUGAGAACCACUGUACAUUAGUCUCCAAAUUCUACAUUCUUCAAACUACAGUUAUUCUGGUAAAUGUCCAUAAGCCUUGUUGGAGAGUGAUGGAAGAAAGACUGACCAUAUACAAUUUUUUGGUGCUCUUCAAAAGGAUGUGUCAUUCAACAUGUUCUGGGCCUGGAAACUGGCUCAUAUCUGGGAACUGGUUUAGGGGCAGUGAUUCCCACUUAAUUCAAUCUGCAGUAAGUCUCUGGUUUUUUGUCCUUACAUUUAUUUUUUGUUUUUUUACUUAUAGAUCUAGUAAUUUUUUUUUUUAGUCUUCCCAUCUAUUUCAUUUUUGGGAACACCGUGGAUAAUCAGCAAAUGCCAUAGGUCUACUGCUGUCAGACUAUUCUUUUUUUCCCUCAGGUAUACUA